AUGGAGGAAUACCGUCCAAAAUCAAGGAAACCGGCUAAUACCGCAUUCAAGCAGCAGAGGCUGAAAGCAUGGCAGCCUGUGUUGACCCCAAAGGCCGUACUCCCCCUAUUCUUCAUUGUCGGAAUCAUAUUCGUCCCCAUUGGCAUUGGUUUAUACGUAACUUCUCAAAAAGUGAACGAAGUCAUGUUUGACUACACUGACUGCUCAAAUGCACCCGCCACACUCACUGCUCCAACUACCCUCCCCUCAUGGUCCCCCAUAACAUCAUGGUCUUACGACACUCCAUCCCAAACAUGCACAAUCCAAUUCACAGUCCCUUCAGAAUUCGCUCCUCCUGUAUUCAUGUACUACAGAUUGACAAACUUCUUCCAAAACCAUCGUCGUUAUGUCAAAUCCUUUGAUUCUACUCAACUGUCUGGAAGCAUGGUUAGCUCGGCUGGAUCUAUUAAUAGUCAGUGUGAUCCAUUACGGUUUGCUAGUUGCUCGAAUCCAGCUGCUACAUCACCGUAUUGCUCUUCUCAAUUGGGAUUGGAUGUUAAUGCUCAGAUUUAUCCAGCUGGAUUAAUUGCUAAUUCCAUGUUUACUGAUCAAAUCGGAAACUUGACUUGUAUAAGCACAACAAGCACAUGGCCAAACGGUGCUGUAUGUGCUAGCGGAACAACAGCCUACACCUUUGUAGAAAAGGGUAUAGCAUGGCCUGCAGAUUCAGCCCGUUACGCAUCAACAGACUGGUCAUUAUCCGCCAACGCAUCCCAGAUAUCAUCAAUGUUGCUGCCACCACCAGCAUGGAGAUCCACAUUCGCUAAAUGGAGUAAUGGAUAUAAUGCUACAAACUUACCCAAUCUAGGCACGUGGGAACGAUUCCAAGUAUGGAUGCGUACUGCUGGAUUACCUACUUUUAGGAAACUGUGGGGCAGGAAUGAUGCUUCGUCGCUUUAUCCUGCUGUUUGGCAAGUGCAGAUUCAGUCAUUGUAUAACGUAACUUCAUAUGGGGGUACCAAAUCCAUUGUAAUCUCAACCACAUCAGUCCUCGGCGGCAAGAACAACUUUUUGGGAAGUGCAUAUCUAGUAGUCGGUGUAUUAUGUUGGGUGUUCGGGAUUGCAUUCCUGGCUCGUCAUAUGCUAUAUCCGAGAAAACUUGGCGAUCAUACAUACCUUAGUUGGAAUAAUGCAAGUCCGGGUGCACCAAAUGCUGUUGGGGCUUCUCGGUAA